AUGGCAGAGGCAGCCCAGGCUGAGGGGGACCAGGACGGCGAGGAUGCAGCAUCCUUGCGUGCUCAGAACUGGAGCACGGUGACUGAAUUCAUCCUCAUUGGCUUCUCCACCUUCCCCCAGCAUCUCCUGCCCAUCUUCUUCUUCCUGUACCUGCUGAUGUACCUGUUCACACUGCUGGGGAACCUGCUCAUCAUGGCCACCAUCUGGAGUGAGCGCAGCCUCCACACGCCCAUGUACCUCUUCCUGUGCGCCCUCUCCAUCUCUGAGAUUCUGUUCACUGUGGCUGUCACCCCUCGCAUGCUGGUGGUCAUGCUCUCCACCCAUCACUCCAUCACCUUUGUGGCCUGUGCCAGCCAGAUGUUCUUCUCCUUCACGUUUGGCUUCACCCACUCCUUCCUUCUCAUGAUCAUGGGCUAUGACCGCUACGUGGCCAUCUGUCACCCUCUGCGCUACAAUGUGCUCAUGAGCCCCCGUGACUGUGUCCGUCUCGUGUCCUGGUCCUGGGCUGGUGGCUCAGUCAUGGGGAUGAUGGUGACAUUGAUAGUUUUUCACCUCACAUUCUGUGGGUCUAACAUGAUCCACCAUUUUCUCUGCCAUGUACUUUCCCUCUUGAAGUUGUCCUGUGGGAAGGAGACAUCUUCUGUCACCUUGGGUGUGAUCCUGGUGUGUGCCACGGCUCUGAUGGGCUGUUUGUUCCUCAUAUUCCUCUCUUAUGUCUUCAUCGUGUCUGCCAUCUUGAGGAUUCCCUCAGCUGAGGGCUGGCACAGAACCUUCUCCACAUGUGUGUCCCACCUCACUGUGGUGGUCGUGCAGUAUGGUUUUGCCUCCAUCAUCUACCUCAAGCCCAAGGGCCCUCAUUCUAUGGACAGUAACACCCUGAUGGCCACCACCUAUACAGUCUUCACGCCCUUUCUUAGCCCAAUCAUUUUCAGCCUCAGGAAUAAGGAGUUGAAGAAUGCCAUAAAAAAAAGCUUCCUCAGAACAUUCUGUCCUCUCAACUCAUGA